CAGCGUGAGCCUGUGGGGCCGGAGCCCAAGGUCGGCUCCGCGGGGGGGGGAGGGAAGGGGUGGAUCCUGUGACGUCAGCGAGUCCGAGCUGCCAGAGAGAAGCCUGGGGCCGGGGGCGCGGAGCGGGGAGAGCCCGGCCCCGAGAGCAGAGCCGCGGGAGCAGAGCGGGCGGGAAUCGGCCGGGAGCCGGAGCCCCUCAGGCACUUGCUCGACCGCCCAGCCGAGCGGCGCUCACGGAGUGGCCCGCAGGCCCCCGCCCGGGCCCAGUCCCACCCCGGGCCCCUCCAUGGCCCGGGCCGCAGCCCUCUCGCCGUCGAGAUCGUCGCCGACGCUGCCUCUCCUGCCGCUGCUGCUGCUGCUGCUGCUGCUCUGGGAAACCGGAGCCCAGGAUGUGCAAGUUCGAGUGCCGCCCAAGGUGCAGGGCCACCUGGGGGACACCGUGCAGCUCCCGUGUCACCUGCUGUCGUCAGGACCGGACGUCCGAGUCUCACAGGUGACGUGGCUGCACGUGGACGCCACCGGCGCCAGCAGAAGCGUGGCCGCCUUCCACCCUGCGUACGGACCCAGCUUCCGCGGCCCAAAGCCUGGCGAAGAGCGCCUGUCCUUCGUCACCGCCGGACAGAGCGCCGGGGCCAAGCAGGGCACUGAGACGGAGCUGCGCGACGCCACGCUGGCCCUCCGGGGGCUGACGGUGGAGGACGAGGGCAACUACACCUGCGAAUUUGCCACCUUCCCCAGUGGCACCAGUCGGGGGGUGACCUGGCUCCAGGUCAUAGCACAGCCCCGGAACCACGCCGAGACGCAGGAGGUCACCCUCAGCCUGGAACCUGUGCCCGUGGCCCGCUGUGUCUCCGAGGGUGGCCGGCCACCCGCCCGGAUCUCCUGGUUCUCGCCCCUGGAUGGGGAGGCCAAAGAGAGCCAGACGCCGGGGUCCGUGCCCGGCACAGUCACCGUCACCAGCCGCUUCACCUUAGUGCCCCUGAGCCGAGUAGAUGGUAUCAAGGUCACCUGCAAAGUGGAGCAUGAGAGCUUUGAGGAGCCCAGCUUGCUGCCCGUUACCCUUUCUGUGCGCUACCCACCCGAGGUCUCCAUCUCCGGCUAUGAUGACAACUGGUAUCUCGGCCGCAGCGAGGCCACCCUGACCUGUGACGUCCGCAGCAAACCAGAGCCCACGGGCUACGACUGGAGCACGACCGCAGGCGUCUUCCCAGCUUCCGCAGUAGCCCAGGGCCCCCAGCUGAUCAUCCACUCGGUGGACAAACUGGUCAACACCACGUUCAUCUGCACCGUCACCAACGCCGUGGGCACAGGUCGUGCUGAGCAGGUGGUCCUCGUUCGAGAGACCCCCAACACAGCAGGCGCAGGGGCCACGGGUGGCAUCAUUGGGGGCAUCAUUGCUGCCAUCAUUGCCACCGCUGUGGCCGCCACAGGCAUCCUCAUCUGCCGGCAGCAGCGGAAAGAGCAGAGGCUGCAGGGGGGAGAGGAGGAGGAUGAUCUGGAGGGGCCUCCCUCGUACAAGCCACCGACCCCAAAGGCAAAGCUGGAGGAACCAGAGAUGCCCUCCCAGCUCUUCACUCUUGGGGCCUCAGAGCACAGCCCACUCAAGACCCCCUACUUCGAUGCUGGCGUCUCAUGUGCUGAGCAGGAUAUGCCUCGGUAUCAUGAGCUGCCCACGUUGGAAGAGAGGUCGGGGCCCCUGCUCCUGGGGGCUACCAGCCUGGGGUCACCCAUCCUCGUUCCUCCAGGGCCACCUGCUAUGGAGAGAGUUUCCCUGGACUUGGAGGAGGAGGAGGAGGAGGAGGGGGAAGAGGAGGAGGAAGACUAUUUGGACAAGAUCAACCCCAUCUAUGAUGCCCUGUCCUACUCCAGCCCCUCUGAUUCCUACCAGAGCAAAGGCUUUGUCAUGUCCCGAGCCAUGUAUGUGUAAGCCGCCGUCCACCUUCGGCCAGGCCAGGCUGCUGUCAGUUAACACACAAAAAUGCAUCUGACUUCCGUGGCUCCACUCUGACCUCUAAUCCGAGAUCUCUGACCCAGAGAAACCAGCCACGACAACAGAAACCUGGCAACCUUAUCUCGUGUGGGGGUGGGGAAGCACGUUAGCACAUUUCGCACAGCCUCUGACCCCCGAGGCUGUGAUUGUAGAUCAUACCUCUCCCGUCCCAUCAUCUCCGGACUCCCUCCACAUCCCAAAGAAGAACCCCAGGCCUCUGAUGUGUCCUCAGGCAGAAAACUCGCAAUAGCUCUUCCGGGGUGGGGGGUGGGGGGGACACCCUGCUGCUCAGACCUGAGCCCUCCAGGCAGCAGAGCCCCACUGUCCCCCUCCCCACCCUGUCUGUUCCCCAUCUCCUCCCUCCUGCAGGCAGGAGUCUCAGGGGUCCAGACCCUUCCCUGAGCCCCCACUACCCCAAUUCCUGUCUGAGGGAAUUAAGCCCCAGCCCAGGGCUAGGACGAGGUAAGCCUCAUGCAGCGUGCCUUUCCCGGCCCCAACCUUAGGAGAAGAGUUUGCUGUUACUUUGAAGACUACUGAGUCCUUUCACUCCCGCCCAGUGGGAUGGGACCCAAACGUCUCCUGGCAGGGAGUGGGGGU